UCAGUCUUUCUAUGCGUUUGAAUGAUAUUUCCUUUCGUUACCGGAAUACAUAACACGUGCGUAUCAUUAAUUCAAGUGUCAUGGUUAAGGAAAGCGAGAAAAAGCAGGUGCGUGCGUGCUCUCGCGAAAGUAAAGACACGCGAGAGAAUAAUCUCGAAGUGGACGACUCCAUCCGCGACAUAGUUAACAGGACGCUUCUCCCGGGUCUCGCCAGUGAUUUUCCGGCCUGCACGAGGAAAUGCGAGCGUGAGGCGUCAAUAUCCGGCGAGGACGACAAGCAUGCGACGUCGCGACGUGACCGAUGGCAUGCCGAUACAUCGAUUCACGUUGCACCUUCUGGCUCGAUGAUCGUGUCGCUAAUAUUCUUCCGCGAUGUAUCGCGUUACUUCCUCUUCUUAAUGAGCGGCUUAACUGAUCGAAACAGCGUCGCGAGGCAGCUACGUAUUUACCCUUUUUUUCCUAUUCGCACAAAUAUAUUUUUCAAAGUUUCAAAGGCAUUAAUUAAACUUUUCAAUUUAAAGAUUCGAAUUGUCAAAAGUGACAAUCCUAAAACUGAGUUUAAAAACUCAAAGCGACCGAACAAUUUCGAUGCAAAGAUGCGGAGUUAUUCGAAAAUUAAAACUAUUAUAAACUUUAUAGGUUGUCGUAUAUGA